UAGCAACGAUGAACUCGUCCAUUCCAUCAUGGCGGAGGAGGAGAGAGAAAGCGAUGUCUCAGAAGAGGAAGAAAACGAAGAAAUACCCGAAGAAACACAAGAAAAACAAGAAGAAAAAUUAGACGGACCUCCGGAUAGAGCAGUACUACGCCAUUUCUUUAUCCGCUUCUGUGCCAGUUUCAUCGCAGGCGUGCUCUUCCUUCACUGGAGCAUCACGUGGCUUAGAUUGGAGAGAGACGACCUACCACGACAGACGGCGCCGGUUCACGAGUUCCUGUCGCUCCUUCUCAACCCGUACUCCAUGACAGACAACACACUGGUGCCACCCAACACAACGCUAGCCUCCGUCUGACACCUAGACCUGCCGUUUUCUACAACCAACUUCUACAACUGCAAAAAA